AUGAAGCGUUUUAUACUACCUCGUUUGCCCCGGUUGCAGGUGCAGCAGACUGAAUCCAGUUUCAUACGUGGAGAUGUGCGAUGGACGAACAAAGAUCUCGACCCUGUUCCCAAAGAUAUGCGAAAAUGGACAGUUCUUAGUUUCAUUGGUUACUGGGUUUCCGAUUGUUUCUCCGUUGCAAACUGGCAGCUAGCGAGCAGCAUCAUCGCUAUUGGACUCUCUUGGAAAGAAUCUUUGGGGAUGGUAGCUCUAGGAUUCUUUAUCCUAUCCAUUGUGAUAUCCAUGAACGGGGCCAUUGGAUCCAUCUACCAUGUCCCUUUUCCUGUCAUUGCACGUGCAAGCUGGGGAUUUUGGGGCUCCUAUAUUCCUGUCAUUUCAAGAUUGAUUCUCGCCGUAUUCUGGUUCGCCACUCAAGUUGUGAACGGGGGAAACUCCGUUGCUGUCAUGAUUGGAGCUAUCUGGCCAAGCUUCUUGGACAUCCCAAACGGACUCCCAGCGGACGAAGGUAUUACGACGCAGGGAAUGGUGGGAUUUUUCAUCUUUUGGCUACUUCAGAUCCCCUUCUUAGUUGUCCACCCAAAUAAACUACGCUGGCUAUUUCUCGUCAAGUCCAUUGUUGUGCCAACUGCAUGGAUUGCUAUGCUCAUCUGGGCUUUUGUCAGCACUUCAAAUGCAGGUGAUCUCUUUUCACAGAAGAGUCAAUUGGCUGGGCCAUCCUAUGCCUGGGCUAUGAUGUCGGCUCUUACCUCGGUCAUUGGAAAUUAUGCGACUCUGAGCGUCAAUCAAGCAGAUUUUUCGCGGUAUUCUUGUGUCAACCCUCGGUGGCACAUACUCUACGUCUUCCUACUCCCAGCAUUCUUCACUUUCAUUGCAUUUAUUGGCAUCGCCGUUUCCUCCGCCGGACAGGCCAAAUUCAACACCGAAUUAAUCCCGUGGGACCCCAACGUUCUUAUUUCCUUCUGGAGUAAUCGGGCUUGUCGAUUCUUCGGGGCGUUUUCUUUUGCCCUCGCCGCGCUUGGAUCUAAUAUCUCUGCAAAUUCGUUGGCGGCGGCAAAUGAUUUCUCCGCCCUUGCGCCUCAAUUCAUAAAUAUUCGACGUGGUCAACUACUCUGUGCUCUCUACUUGCCUGGCCGCUAG